UUAAGACCAAUUUACUCGAAUUACAAUGUCAUGCCCACAGCCUUUUAUUGCCCAGCCGAAGGAUUAUUCGCUGACGAUUAUGACUGUCAAAUCUACUAUCGCUGUGAAGAGAAAGCAAGAGGUUAUAUUAAACCAUACAUGUUUGCUUGCAAGGAUGGUACAGUAUUCUCCCCCACACUGAAACUCUGCAUGCCACCUCUGCUAGCUGGACGUGCUGAAUGUCAGCAUUAUGUGAACGAAAUUGACACAGCCGCCGAUGACAGCUCAAUGUUAUACAGUGCAGACAAUCUAAGUAAUAAUAAUAAACUACAGAACUAUGGCUUGACAGGUUUAAGCGGAGUUUCCGUUAUAUCCUUUUCAACAUCCUCUGCACGUGCCGCAAGCGAUGUCGAACAGGGUCCACCUUGCGAGGAUGACGGCUUUAUGCCAGAUCCUGAUGAUUGUACCAUAUUUUACCGCUGCAUAUCAAAUGGUCGAAGUUUCAAUAAAAUCGGCUUUCGUUGUUCUGAUGGUACUGCUUGGGAUGAAUCUCUACAGUCAUGUAAUCAUAUACGCCAUGUACGCGCAAAUGGUGGUUGUCAAGGUAAAGCGAACGCAUUAAAUGAUGAAAAUACGGAACAAACAUCUACGCAAUCAUCACACACAAGUUAUCAGAAUACCACCUCAGCAAGUAGUCAACAUCAAAGCUCUACUAGUUCUUCACAUAGCUCGUCAUCUAGUUCUUCGUCUUCAUCAUCAUCAUCAUCAUCAACUUCAUCUUCUAAUAGUAAUAGUCAACAACAAUCUAGUACUACACAAGCUAGCAGCACUGAAAGUUCUUCAUCAAAUACGCAAAGCUCUACUUCUUCAAGUAAUCAACAAACAUCGACAAGUUCAUCAUCCUCUAACCAAGAAAGCACACAAUCAUCUGCAGAAAAUACAAAUAACCAAAACUCAAAUGAAGCCCAAAACUCAAACAAUGAGAGUUCAAGUUCGAAUAAUAAUCAGAAUUCUAAUAGUCAAAGUUCAAAUAAUCAAAAUGUAAAUAAUGAGAUUUCAAAUACCCAAAGUUCUAGCAGUGAGAAUUCAAAUAACCAAAGUUCUAGCAAUGAAAAUUCAAAUUCCAACCAAGAGAACUCCAACUCCAAUCAAAAUUCCAAUAGCAACUCUAAUAGUAAUAAUGAGAACAACAGUUCAAAUAAUAAUCAAGCUAGCACUGGUACGAGCAAUCCCAAUCCCACCACUUGUGAAAAUGAGGACACUUAUAUAGCUGAUGGCCAAGAUUGUGCUAAAUUUUAUCGCUGUCGUUAUGAUGGAAACGGUGUACUGGAAAAAGUUCCCUUUACCUGUGGACCAGGUACUAUAUGGAAUCAACAAGAGAAAGUAUGUGACGUACCAACAAGUGCACAGAAAGAGCAAUGUAAGCUUCAAUCUACGACUGGUGCUGCGAACUCAGGUAAUGGACGGAUGACUUUUUAA